AAAGUUUUGAAAAACAGUUAACGCGACAUGGCUUCAACUACCCAUUUCACCACGUCGACCACUAUUCACAAUCCAUCUCUCCCACUUCCGUCUACUGCCCACCACGGCACCCACCAUCUUCUCUCCGCCGAUCGAGCUGCGCUUCUGAUUGACAAGGCCAAAAGCGUAAACCAGCUUCUCCAAAUCCACGCGGCCAUUCUCCGACACGGAUUGGAGCAGCACCCCAUUUUGAAUUUCAAGCUCCAGCGCUCUUUUUCCUCUCUUGGUCGUCUCGACUACUCUCGCUCCCUCUUUGAUCGCACCCACAAUCCGAAUGUGUUCUCAUGGACUGCAAUCAUCCAUGGUUAUGCCCUCCAUGGCCGCCACCAAGAGGCCGUGGUUCUCUAUUUUCAAAUGCUUUCCAAUGGGGUUGAACCCAAUGCUUUCACCUUCUCGUCCAUCCUGAAGGCCUGCCCUCCUGAACUGGGAAAAGCUCUCCACUCCCAAGUCCUCAAAUUUGGGUUGGAUUCUGAUGUCUAUGUCAGAACGGCGCUCUUGGAUGUGUAUGCACGGGGCGGGGAUGUUGUUUCGGCAUGCCAACUAUUCAAUACAAUGCGGGAGAAGAGUGUGGUUUCUAUUACUGCUAUGAUUACUUGCUACGCAAAGCAUGGGGAUCUUGGUGAGGCUCGAGUGUUAUUUGACGGGAUGGAGAAGAGGGACGUAGUUUGCUGGAACGUGAUGAUCGAUGGGUAUACUCAGCAUGGGCGACCAAAUGAGUCUUUGGAUCUCUUUAGACAGAUGUUGUCUGUAAAAGUGAGGCCUAAUGAGGUGACAAUGAUCUCUGUACUCUCUGCUUGCGCACAGCUUGGAGCACUAGAACUGGGUAGGUGGUUGCAUUCUUACAUCAAGAAUAAUGGGAUUCAAGUCAAUGUUCAUAUUGGUACUGCACUGGUUGACAUGUAUUGCAAAUGUGGGAGCCUAGAUGAUGCUCGUGUGGUGUUUGACGGAAUGAUCAAUAAGGAUGUUGUGGCUUGGAAUUCAAUGAUCAUGGGGUAUGCGAUGCAUGGUUUCAGCCAAAGUGCAUUGGUAUUGUUUUCUAAAAUGUGUGCGAUGGGGUUCAGCCCAACAGAUAUUACAUUCAUCGGCGUUCUAAAUGCUUGUAGUCGUGCAGGUUUGGUUACUGAGGGGUGGACUUUAUUCCAUUCCAUGAAAGAGCAAUAUGGAAUUGAACCCAAAAUUGAGCAUUAUGGGUGCAUGGUUGAUCUUCUAGGGCGUGCUGGGCAAUUGGUUGAAGCAUUUGAACUUGUUAAAACCAUGGCAAUUGAGCCCGAUCAUGUUCUUUGGAGUUCAUUGCUUAGUGCUUGUAGGCUCCAUGGAAAUGUCACAUUAGGGGAGAAUAUAGCUGAAUUCCUUGUUUCUAGUGGUCUUGCAGACUCAGGAACUUUUGUUCUACUCUCUAACAUCUAUGCUGCAGUGGGUAAUUGGAAAGGAGUGGCAAAGGUGAGGACCAUGAUGAAAGAUAGUGGUGUGCAGAAGGAGCCAGGGUGUAGCUCGAUUGAAGUGAACAACAAGGUACAUGAAUUUCUCUCAGGUGACUUGAAACACCCAAAAUGCAAAGAUAUUUAUGCAAUGUUGGAGGAGAUGAAUGGAUGGCUCAAGGCCCAUGGAUAUACUCCACAGACAGAUACAGUGUUGCAUAAUAUUGGAGACUCGGAGAAAGAACAUGCACUUGGAGUUCACAGUGAGAAGCUUGCAAUUGCUUUUGGGCUUAUCAGUACCCAACCAGGUACCGCGAUUAAGAUUGUGAAGAACCUCAGAGUUUGUACAGACUGCCACACUGCAACCAAGUUGAUUUCAAAGAUCACAGGUCGUAAGAUUGUUGUGAGGGAUCGAAAUAGAUUCCACCACUUUGUUGAUGGGUCAUGUUCUUGUGGGGAUUAUUGGUGAACUGCAUUUAUUGAGCCAGAUUAUUAACAGAAGCAGCUCCUCUGGGGAACGUUGUUGUAUCAUAAGUAAAUUUUUCAAUGAAUUAACUAUUAAUUGAGCAAUUAUUUUAUCUUUUCUUUUUUAUUCCUAUUUGUCUUGUACUCAUCUGUAUUACACAAUUUGUGUUGUCAUACAUGACAAUGACAUCCUUGUUGAUGUAAUGCUGCACUGCAGACCGAUCUUGACUGUAUUUGGAUAAGAAGUUUCAUGAUCCUGAUUCAAGGAUUUGGGUCUGAUUGUCUGAAUGUAAUUUUUGGUAUGCAUUGUAGGUUGUUUAGCCAUUAACUGUGUAAUGGAUGCUAUUAUCUUUAUGAU